UCUGCAUGCUAAUCUCUAUCUCAUUCUCAUCCAUCACACUGGCCAGCCAGUAGCCACUACGACCACUGAAGAAGAGGCAGUGAGGCACGGAUCACGGAUGCCAGGCAUGGCAUCCAGCAAGGGUCUUCUUGUGUUCGCUCUCCUGCUUGCAGCUGCUGCUAUCCUCGUCGCCUCGACUGAUGAACACACUGAGGCCAAGAAGGAAGAGAAUGGAGCGGGCGUAGAGAACUUCUUCCACUUUGGCGGAGGCCACCACGGGCACGGAGGCGGCGGGGGAGGCUAUGGCGGAGGCGGAGGAGGUUACGGCGGAGGAGGAGGCGGCGGCUACCCAGGCGGCGGCGGAGGCUACGGCGGCGGUGGCGGCUACCCUGGCCACGGUGGGGAAGGCGGUGGAGGUUACGGCGGCGGCGGCGGCUACCCAGGCGGCGGAGGAGGCUACGGCGGCGGUGGCGGCUACCCUGGACACGGUGGAAAAGGCGGCGGAGGCUACGGCGGCGGCGGAUGUCACUGGGGCUGCUGCGGCCACGGGCUGUUCCAUCACCAUGGCUGCCGCUGCUGUGCGCGCGCGGACGAGGUUCCGGAGCCCAUGUACCGGGCGCCGGCGGAGGUCCACAACUGAGCACACGAUCGAGACGAAAUGCAGCCAUGCACACGUGCGUACGGUAGGCAGUACUGCUGCCCAGUGCCUACCCUGCGUCGAACUCUACGUGCAUGCCGUUGCUCUGCACGCCUACGUGCAUAUAUAGCAAUUAAAUUGCUCGUAAAUAAACAUGGUCCCUGCAUGGUGAGCAAAAGGAAGGUGCAUAUAUGCGCGUACGUACGUAUACGUGCGCGUUGCACAGUGACCUUGUAGUAGAACACAUGCAUCCGGCCCUCUGUGUUCUUGCAAGUUUGUGUGUCCCGUAUCGAUCAAUAUAUAACCCCCCGCUUUAUCUGUUA